AUGGCUGACACUCCUGUUCCCGAGGCCAACAAGCCUGUCGAACAGCCUGCCGCUGCCGUCCCUGCUGCUGCCGCCGGUGAUGAGGAGGCCGGCGAGGCUGGUCCCUCGAAGAAGGCCUUGAAAAAGGCUGAAGCUAAGGCUAAGAAGGAGGCCGAAAAGGCGCGCCGCGCUGCCGAGCACUUGGCCAACCAGGCGGCUGCCAAGGCUGCCGCCGGAAACACCGAAGACCUGGCCAAGGAUAGCUACGGCCCUGCGCUGCCGACGACCAAGGUCGAGAGCCCUCGCGUCAAUCUCAAGAACGUCGACGAGUCGCUUCUGGGCAAGACGAUCAAGCUGCGGGCAUGGAUCCAGAACUCGCGCAUGCAGGGCGCCAAGAUGGCGUUCGUCGAGCUGCGCGAAGAGCGCGACUGGGCGAUCCAGGGCGUCGUCGCGGCGUCCCCCGAGGGCACGCCGGUCAGCAAGCAGAUGGUCAAGUGGAUCGGCGCGCUCAACCUCGAGAGCUUCGUCCUCGUCGAAGGCAAGAUUGAGAAGCCGCUCGAGCCCGUCAAGAGCGUGCGCGUCUCCAACUACGAGCUGCACAUUACAAAGUGCUACGUGGUCGCCAAGGGUCCCGAGGUCCUCGGCAUGGGCCUCGCCGUCUCCAACCGCCCCGUCGCCAACUUUGACGACGAAGACCCCGCCGCCGCCGCGGCAGCCGAUACCGCCGUCGAGGAGGCCACCAAGGCUGUCGAGGCGGCUUCGCUCGAGCCUGGCGCGGUGCUGCCCGGCGCCUCGAUGGCGACCCAUCUCAACAACCCGGCCAUGCACAAGCGUUCGCCCGUGCAGCAGGCCAUUUCCGAUGUGCGCAUGACGACCCGCAAGCUGUUUGCCGAGUACCUCGACUCGAAGGGCUUCAACAUGUUUGAGCCGCCGUGCCUGAUUGGCGCCGCCUCGGAGGGCGGCUCCAACGUCUUUGGCCUGCCGUACUUUGACAAGCAGGCGUUCCUGGCGCAGUCGCCCCAGUUCUACAAGCAGAUUGAGAUUGCCGGUGGCCGCAAGCGCGUCUACUGUAUUGGUCCCGUGUUCCGUGCCGAAAACUCCAACACUCCCCGCCACAUGACCGAGUUUACCGGUCUUGAUUUGGAAAUGGAAAUCGAGGAAGACUACGUCGAGGUCCGCGACAUGCUCGAGGCCACGCUCCUGUUUAUUUUCCGCGGUCUCAACGAGCGCUGCGCCGAGCAGAUUGCCCUGAUCCGCAGCGUCUACCCCUCGGAGGAGUUCCUGCUCCCCGCGCCCGGCAAGGAGGUGCGCCUCACCUUUGCUGAGGGCCAAGCGCUGCUCCGCGCCGAAGGCCCCGAGGAGUACCGCAACGUGUCCGACGACGAGGACAUGUCGACGCCGCAGGAAAAGGCGCUGGGUGCGCUGAUUCGUGAAAAGUACAACACUGACUUUUACAUCCUCGACAAGUUCCCCGAGGAGGCUCGUCCGUUUUACGCGCUCGAGGACCCGGCCAACCCCAAGGUCACCAACGCCUACGACUUCUUCAUGCGCGGCCAGGAGAUUCUCUCUGGUGGGCAGCGUAUUCACGACCCUGAGACGCUGGUGGCGCGCAUCAAGAAGAAGGGCGUCGACCCGGAGAGUCCCGGCAUCAAGGAGUACGUGGAUGUGUUCCGCAGCGCUGGUGUGCCGCCUCACGGAGGCGGCGGUAUCGGUCUCGACCGCGUGGUGGCGUGGUAUCUGAACCUGCCCAGCGUGCAUUUGUGCAGCUACUACCCUCGCACGCCUAAGCGUCUGACGCCAUAA